UACCGAGCAUGUCUUCCUUCCUAUGUAUUUCUUAGACUGUUAGCCGGAACACUGAACCUUUUGAAAUGAAAAGAACUGAUUUCAUGUUCACAGACGUGAAUCUGGGUCCGUUUGGCUGAGAGUGUGCACAUAUAUAAUCGUUGUUUGACUGCUGAGCGCUGCAGUUAAAGAGCAAAGCGUUUUGUUACAAGGAUCCGUCCGUAGACAAAGUCCAACUUUCUUUUCCCUGAAACUGUAAACGCCUCCUCUUUUGUUCGUUAGAUUUCUAUCGCGCUUUACUUCGAAAAUUCAAAUCUCACCAAUAGCCGAGUCCGCCGCGUCUCGCUACGUCAGCAAUGGGAGCCAAUCAGAAGCUCCCUCGCGCCCCCCAGCCUGCUUAUAAAGCCCCGCCGCCCGACUGGAGAAUUCAUCCGUUCACCGUGUCAAACGAGAAGCAGGAAAGCGAGUUAGCGCGAUGGCCCGAACCAAGCAGACCGCCCGUAAGUCCACCGGAGGGAAGGCCCCCAGGAAGCAGCUGGCCACCAAGGCCGCCCGUAAGAGCGCCCCGGCUACCGGCGGAGUGAAGAAGCCUCACCGCUACAGGCCCGGUACCGUGGCUCUGCGGGAGAUCCGCCGCUACCAGAAGUCCACCGAGCUGCUCAUCCGCAAGCUGCCCUUCCAGCGCCUGGUGCGAGAGAUCGCCCAGGACUUCAAGACCGACCUGCGCUUCCAGAGCUCCGCCGUCAUGGCUCUGCAGGAGGCCAGCGAGGCCUACCUGGUCGGCCUCUUCGAGGACACCAACCUGUGCGCAAUUCACGCCAAGAGGGUCACCAUCAUGCCCAAAGACAUCCAGCUGGCCCGCCGCAUCCGCGGAGAGAGAGCUUAAACACGCACACGGCCUCCACACUGAACCAACGGCUCUUUUAAGAGCCACCGACACUCCGACAAGGACGAGCUUCCUGCUUUCUACUGAAAACAUUCCGCCAAACCUGUCUGAACACACACACACACACACACACACACACUAAAAUCACUCACUUAAACACAUUCAGACACUUCAGUCAAACAUUUACCUGAACAUACCUGGAAGGGGAAACCAGACUCCUCUGUACUGAACUACAACACGAAGCGCUGCGCUCAAUUACUGCCACCUGCUGGCGGUGUUGCACAAUCACUGCUGUUAAAAUGCAGCAAUUUUCCACUCACACCGAGGAAAUAAAACCUUCAUUCAUUCUGCAGGAUAACAGACUUGAUUUAA